AUGUGUGUCUGCCAUAUAACGCGCUGGCUUGUUGUCAUCUGGCUCAUCGUGUCCCUGGUCCAUCUGCAGGCCAAUGCUCUCCUCCAGUACUCCGCUGCUGAACUUUUAAAACUUCGGCACCACGUCCCCGCUCCUCUUCAGCCACCGGAGCGCGGACAUGACAUCCCCCCGGGCAUCGCCUUCCAGCCCCGGCGGCGGUACGUUCACCGUGGAUCACGCCGAGCUGUUAUCCAGUCUGGGGCGGUGGAGGUGUGCGUCACAGGGGUGAUCACCCGUUUGGUUUGCAGUGCACUUUCUUAUUAUUUGCUGUGUGUGUGUCUGUGCUUUUUAUUUGGUGACUCCCAGCCCAGCCCCAUUCAGUCCACGGUGAACAUCCCAGCUCCUAUACACUCCCGCGCGCUGUCCUGUGGCUCCAUGGCCUCGGUCCGGGACGUGUGCCUUACGGUCCUGUGUGGUUUACCGGCCGUGGGGAAGUCCACACUUUGCCGACGGCUGCGUGGGUCCUUGGCCGGGCAGGAGUGGAGCUUUGUGACCGCUAGUUACGAUGAGCUGAUCCCGAAGGAGGCGUUUGUAAUUCGGGCUCUGGAGGAGGAUGAGGACCAGCACACAGAGUGGAAGCAGCACCGUCAGUCUGUGUUAAACAGCAUCGAGAGGUUUGUGGACGGCUCCUGCAGCGAUGCUUCAGUCUGUGACUCGACAAAUAAAAUCUUGUGGGAGAGAAGUGUCCGGAACCUUCUGGAACAGGCCUCGCUCAGAGCUGCUCCAGUCGUGUUCCUUUUGGACGAUAACUUCUACUAUCGCAGCAUGAGAUACGAGGUCUACCAACUGGCACGGAAACAUUCGUUGGGCUUCUGUCAGAUCUUCCUGACCUGCGACCCAGAGACGUGUCGCCGUAGAAACCAGCAGAGGGCAGAGCCUGUCGCCGCCGCAGUGAUGGAGGUGAUGGAGCAGCGUCUGCAGCCUCCAGGGCCUCAGAGACACGAGUGGGAGAGGACCAGCCUCAUGCUGCAGACCGACCAGGACCUCAGCGAAGCACACAUACAGAGCGUGGUGGAUCUGAUCUCGUUUGCUCUGAAGAACAAACCGAGUCCUGUUGAAGACGACACUGAGCAAAAGCAGGCUGAUAGAGAAGCAUGUGCCAACAGUGUGGUGCACCAGGCCGACCAGACCUGUCGAAAACUCAUCUCUGAAGCCAUGAAGACCGCCAGAGGUCAGAAAGUCACGCCCUCGUCCCUCAGGUCUCUGGCCUCAGAGCUGAGUGGACUGAAGUCUGAGUUCCUCCAGGGUCUUAAAGCUCGUCUGCUGCUGGACUCCGCUCUCUGCACAGACGCUGCAGAGGCUGCGUUUGAGCGACAGAAGGAGGAGGUUCUGAGGAGGGUUUUAGAGACGCCACGGUGA